AUGGCGCUGCGAGCUUCCGCGCGGCGUCUGUCGCGGCUCGUGUCCGGCCGAUGCGCCGGCGGCACCGGCCGGAGUCUCUCCGGCGGACCGACCCCGUCGUCGUCGGGAGGAGGCGGCGGCGGACCCGUCAAGCCCGCGAAGGGCGCCGCCGACCCGGCGGCACCCUCGGUGAACAAGAACCCAGCGGCGGGAGCGGCGGAACCGGCCAAUCCCUUGGCCGUGUCGAUGUUUCCGUGGGAGCGCGCGGUGUUAUCCGACGGCAGACAGGACGGACCGAUGAAGCCGUGGCAAAAGCUGUACUGGGCGGCGUUCGGCGCGGCGGUGCUGUUCCUCGCGGGCAACAGAGCGCGGGUGUACUAUCAGAGCGUGAAGAGCAAGGAGGAGCUCGAGGCGGACCUGCGCGAGAAUCGACGCGCGAUGCAGGCGGCGCUGGAGGGUAAGUCGUUCGCGGACGGCGACGAUCCGUUCGAGGGGAUGGAGCCGCACGAGAUCGAGGCUCUGCUGAGGCAAAACGCGCCGGACGGGGACCCUUACGCGGGGAUGGCCCCGGACGAGAUCAACGCCUACCUCGCCAAGCAACAGGAGGAGCAGGUCGGCAAGCACCUCUCGAUGCCCAGGAACAUACCGAGGCCGCGGUGA